AUGCCUGUUGUCAAACUAAUAAUGUACCAACUGUUUGAUGCUUUGAACUACAUACACUCACGUCAAAUAAUUCAUCGUGAUAUAAAGCCGAGCAAUGUAUUGGUGAAGUUUGAGUCUAGACGUCAGUCGACGGAUACCUCGACGGCUGUAAGCGUUUCGCAUCAAGAUCCCGUCGUCGAUUCUGUCAAAUCGAUUUGGCGUGGUAGUCAGUUGCCUGCAACCAAGGCCGCAAGUCGUUGCCUAGCUUCGAACCGUGGACCUCCGGAUGUCCUACAGCUGAUUGAUACGUGUAUUUCGCCAGACUGCGGCGGAGCUGUUCCGGACUAUCUCAUACGAACAAUGAUGGAUACCAUCUCCGUCAAACUGGCUGACUUUGGUCUGGCUCGAUUGUUCCCUGCACCUAUUCGACCACUCACUCAUGAGGUGGUAACCCUAUGGUAUCGAGCCCCGGAGGUUGUCCUUGGAUUCGAUCGAUAUAAUACCUCUCUUGAUAUCUGGUCAAUGGGAUGCAUUCUCUUAGAACUGCUCUAUGGCCGACCUGUCAUAUUGGGGGACUCAGAGGCAGAGACUCUCUUUAAAAUGUUCCAACUUCUUGGCACUCCCGUCAACCACGAAUGGGUCUCGUUCCUGCCACAUUACAAAUCACAAUGGCCAAAAUGGACCAGAAGAAAAGAUCGAUACGAUUUCCUCCGACCCGAUGACAUUGGCACAGACGUCAAAGACCUCCUAGACAAGUUGCUGCAUUAUAUUCCGGAGCAGCGUUGUACCGCAGCGGAAGCAUUGGCCCAUCCGUGGUUCGAUGACGUGCGAAUUAAAAAAUAG